UCACAUCAGAUCCAACUACAAAAAAAAACCUUUUCCGGCGUGGCCCUGCAUUCUAUAGUUGCUCAAAAUAAAUGCUUUGUUUACGGAAAUAUGUUUUGAUUAUGCACUCUGUUUUUAAUGACCUCUGACCCCACGUAUUGUUACACAGACUGCAUAACACAACCCGCCAGAAAGGUGUGGUAUUCCCCCCAAAAAAACCUCGAAAACAAAAAGUAAAAUUUGUCAUUUUUAAGCCUAUCAAUCUCUAAGCAUUCAGUGCUAUCAUUAGCAUGGCGAGACAGUUCGACUUUCAAAAGCUGACCGUGAUUCGAGCACUGCGAACAGUGUCGACGAGUUCGUCGGGCGCAGCGGAGAACUCGGUCAGUGGGCCGGGGAGGCCGGCGGCCGGUGGCGGUGCAGCACCGCCUGCUGGUGAGGCAGCACCGACCGGUCUGCUGAGUAGGCUACGGAGUGACGGAAUAGUGGUGUCUUUGCUGCAGGUUUACGAAGCUGUGUUGGGCAUCGGAGAGGUCAAAAAGGCGCAGAGAAGAGUUACACAGGUUGAACAGCAAUUUAUGGAAGUCCGUGAAAUACUCAAGAAAUCCGCCCACAAGUUACACAAUCAUAAUGCCGAGCUGAGAGCAAUACGCGCCAAGCUGGACCAAACAGCCCGAGAUGACACCAAAUUCUUAGAAUAUGUGAAAGAGGAGCACCUGGCCAUCCAGAAGGAGAGGAAAAUGGAGGAGGAAAACUACUGGUUGGAGGACACGGAGAGAAACACGUUUGCGUACUUGUCGGCGGCUGUUAGAGAGAGCCACGAGAAACAACGAUUGCAAGGGGAGAGGUCCAAAUAUUUGGGGGUCAUUUUUUCCUUCGUGGGGUCCAUCAUCGGCCUGCUGGGCUCCAUCAUCGGCCUGCUGGGGUCCAUGGCCAUCAGCCGGAAGCGAAGGCAUGAGAAAAGGACUUUGUUCGGGGACCUUCAGAAGGACAUUGGUCAGAACAGCGGCCAGCUCAGGGACCUUCAAGGUCUUGUGACGGACAUCCGGACCACCAUUGACAGCAGCCAGCUAAGGGACCUUCAGGGUCUUGUGACAAACAUCUGGACCACCAUCGACAGCAGCCAGCUAAGGGACCUUCUGGGUCUUGUGGCGGACAUCCGGACCACCAUCGACAGCAGCCAGCUAAAGGACCUUCAGGGUCUUGUGACGGACAUCCGGACCACCAUCGACAGCAGCCAGCUAAGGGACCUUCUGGGUCUUGUGACGGACAUCCGGACCACCAUCGACAGCAGCCAGCUAAAGAACCUUCAGGGUCUUGUGACGGACAUCCGGACCACCAUCGACAGCAGCCAGCUAAAGAACCUUCAGGGUCUUGUGACGGACAUCCGGACCACCAUCGACAGCAGCCAGCUAAGGGACCUUCAGGGUCUUGUGACGGACAUCCGGACCGCCAUUGACAGCAGCGGCGCAAAGUCGAGUCAAGAGGAGCUGACAGUUGCUCUCGAAAGAUUCUCCAAGCAGCAACAAGAGGGGUUUGACUCCCAGGAGAGGAGCCUAACCAGGAUCCUGAAGCUCCAGGAAGAGUUGCUCUUGAAGGAGAUCGAAGGGGUGCGGAGGUUUGCAGCCGUCGGGGCCGGAGACAUGACCACGUUAGAGGAGCUGGUGAACAAUGCUGAGCCGAAACUGGGGCAGAAAACAAGCACACUGUCCACUGUGGUCUAUGGAGGCCUUGCGGUCCUGACAUUGUCUAUACUGUACAGAAUAUUCAAAUCAUAGGCCUACUGCACACAUUUCACGGUGACUUGUAGUCUAGAGCAAUGCAAACAUUUUUCGCAUCCAAAGAAAUUUGCUAACAGGGAAUGUUGAACAAGGUUGAGGUUUUAUAAUUCUCUGUGUGAGAUGUACUAACUCUCCAUAUUUUUGAAUUCUAUAGUGUUGCCUAUAUACAAUGUAAUGUUAUGAUAAUGUGAUAUUUCUUUCAAGCUGGUCGGAUGGGAGGCAUCAGGUAUGGGUCCCUUUACUGCCUGCAUGAGACACCC